AUGCUAUUCAGCAUGUCCUUAGCUGGGAGAGCUUUUGAGUGGACACAGCUGAUGAACGACGAUCUAAUCAAGCAUAUGGAGAGAGAACUUUCCAUGAUUUCAUAUCCGAGUGUGCAAAGGAGCAUGUCUACAAGUUUGAGAGCCUAUGCAACUACUAUGGUCUUGGUGAUAAUCCAAAGAAGAUCCAACUAUUCCAACUAUCUCUUGUUGAACGAGCACAAGAGUGGGUUAGAUUCUCUGCCCAAUAUGAUUUCAAGACAUGGAAUAGAUGUAAGGAAGCUUUCCUCAUCAGAUUUGCUAGAGAGCAGCUACCUAAAGCUACUAAAGAACUUCCCCAAGGCCCACGCCUCACCAAGUGAUGUUAACAUCGACCCAACAGACCAACAAGACGACCCAAAUCCUGGAGAGAUCAUACCAAGCAUGAAGAAUGCACCAAGGAAAAGAUCCGGAACAAGAAAGCUUAGCCAGGAAUUCAACAAAGCAGUCAACAACCUACUUCUACAAACAAGCAUCAAGGAAGAACCAGGAGAGGAACAAGAAGAGAACAAGCAAGAAGAACAUGGAAAAGACAAGAAAUCUUGGCCGCUCUUGAAGAACACUCCCGGCAUCAACAUUCUCACCAUCCUUGCCGAGAAAACAUGA